GUCCUGAACGCGCUCGGGAGGAUGCAGCCAGCGCUAUCCGCGUUUGCUUCCUCUGUAACCCGGGUUAAACAACCACAUUAGAGACCCGGUCCGGCUCCAGACCACUUCUUGAAAGCGGACUUGAUCCGGGUGGACGUCUUCGCUCCGAUAUGAACGAGGGGGAAGGACUCCGGUUCCGGCGGCUGCACAGACCGCGGGUCAUCACCGACGAGCUGCCCGAGGACCGACGCAAGGGUUCCGGCAGCACCUACAGUGGGAAGGUGUUUCAGGUGACACUGCUCUCUCUCGGUGGUUUCCUGCUUCUUCCUCUGUUCGUCGUCGUCGUCAUCCUCGAGUCUCCGGUUCAACCUGAGGUGUUCAGUAUGAAGGAGCCGCCGCUGAUGAAGGGCUGCUGGGAAUCGAACCUGAAGCUGAGGAAGGCUCAGCGACUCUUUGAAGACCAGGUCCUUGGACCCGAGUCCAUCGUCAACAUCGGAGAUGUUUUGUUCUCUGGAACAGCCGACGGGAAAAUCGUGAAGCUCGUCGGUCGAAGGAUCCACACGGUGACGCGACUCGGGAAACCUCCCUGUGGAUCCAGAGACGAGGAGCUGAACUGUGGGAGACCGUUGGGGAUCAGGGUGGGACCCAACGGGACGCUCAUCAUCGCCGACGCUUACCUGGGCGUGUACGAGGUCAACCCCACCACAGGUGAGACGACCCGGUUGGUGGCCGGCGGUCAGGUGGUCGCCGGGAGGAAGCUGUCGUUCAUCAAUGACGUGGCAGUGACGCAGGACGGAAAGAAGGUGUACUUCACCGUCUCCAGCAGCAGGUGGCAGCGCAAAGAUUAUCUGAACCUCAUCAUGGAGGCCACGGCUGACGGACGGGUGUUGGAGUACGACACCGUCACCAGAGAACUCAGUGUCAUCAUGGAAAACCUUCGCUUCCCAAACGGAAUCCAGCUGCUUCCUGACGAGGAGUCGGUGCUGGUUGCCGAGACGACCAUGGCGAGGAUACGCAGAGUCCACGUGGCCGGCUUGAAUAAAGGCGGGAUGGAGACGUUCAUGGACAACCUUCCCGGUUUCCCUGACAACAUCCGACCGAGCUCGACCGGAGGUUACUGGGUGGCCAUGUCCGCGGUGCGGCCCAACCCCGGGUUCUCCAUGCUGGACUUCCUGUCCCAGAGACCCUGGAUCAAGAAACUCCUCUUCAAACUCUUCAGUCACGAGGUUCUGAAUAAGUUCGUCACCCGCUACAGUUUAGUGGCGGAGCUCCACGACGGCGGCGUGUGCACGCGCAGCUUCCAUGACCCCAGCGGUUUGGUGCUGGCCUACAUCAGCGAGGUCCAUGAGCAUGACGGGAGUCUGUACCUGGGCUCCUUCCACUCGCCGUACAUCGGAAAACUCGACCUGAACGAUGUUUAAAAACGACAACCGCAGCUUCAAGACUCACGUGUCGGACAUUUGAGACUCUGAGAGCGGUUUGACGACCAGUGGAGAGAAAAAACUUUGUGUGUAUGAGAUUGAUUGAUUGGUUGGUUGAAUGAUUGAUUAACUCUCAUCUGAUUAUUAUUGAUCUUCAUUAUCAGUUCUGUUUUGAUAUUUUUUUACAUUUUGUUCAAUUUGUUUCAGGCUAGCAUGUCAGACAAGCUAAUGUUAUCUUAUGUCAGGUGAUGUUGGCUAAAUUCAGCUAAUCUCUGCUUUAAUCUGCUAACCAGUAAAUGUGAGCUAAAUUCAGAGAUUGUCAUUUUACACCAGCUCAUGUUGGCUAAUGUUAUGUAAAAUAAGCUAAUCAGUAGCUUGAUCUGAUUUCAGUGAGUGAUGGCUAACGUCAGCUUAAAUCAGAGUUUUGAUUUUAAGAAAAUGAAUUUGAAGACGUCUGAAGAUGCUAAAAAUGUUCAACAAACAUAACAUACAAUAUAAACAAACCUUUUUUUCCCCUAAAAAUGUAUUAAUUUAUUAUCUCAUCUAAUUUAUGUCAAUUAAAAAGCUUUUGAAAUAAAGUUCAGUUCAAUUC